GUGAAUUGUCGUGAAAUCCCUCAUGUAGCACAUAUACUAUCGGCAAACAACAGUUCGUACAGCCAUGAAAGACAGGUAUGUGGUACAUUGCAGGGUGGUUCUGUAAACGUGUUGUUGCUUAAAGGAAACCAUCUAAAAAAUAGUGUAGAGGUACAAUCAGAGAACAAUGGUUCUUUCCCAUUUGGUGCCUUACAUACGUCACAUAAUUGUUAUUGGAGCAGCCGUUUUGCUGUUCAUAAUUCUCUCCAAAGAACCCGAUAGGAACCACGAAGAAUCAUCUGUUGGAGUAGGUCAAGGCGAUCUAGGCACUAAAGACGAUUUGUUGUUCACUGAGUCAGAACUAGCCCAGUACGAUGGGAAGCCAGGUAGUAAAGGGCUUUUUCUAGUUAUUCUAGGCCAUGUAUAUGACGUUGAAAGCGGAUCCAAGCAUUACGGUCCCGGUGAGGCGUACAACAUGUUUGUAGGACAUGACGCUUCUCGAUCGUUUAUCAGUGGUGAAUUCGAAAGCUAUUAUCCAGAGUUAUCAGAUGUUUCAGGCCUCACCGAUACUGAGCUAAAAAGUCUCGUCAAAUGGAAAUCUUUCUAUGAUAAAACGUAUCCCUACAGAGGUAAACUGAUAGGAAGAUAUUUUAACGAACGCGGAGAGCUUACCGAAUACCACAAAUUAGUUCUGGAUCGGGCGGCGAAAGCAGAACUUGAGGAGGCACAACCAAAGCAGGAAUAUCCAUCUUGUAAUGUAGAGUGGAAGGAGGAAACCGGUACACGGGUUUGGUGUACGUCUAGAAGUGGCGACGGUGUUGACCAUGGGUGGGUGGGGAAACCGCGACGAUACAUUGCCGAAGAGACUUCUGAUAAAGAAAAACUACCGUUUUGUGUCUGUGUACCGGAUGGUAGCAGCAGUUCUCCUUCAUUAGUGCCUUUUACGAAUUGUGAUGCCAGUAGUGUGAGUUGUUUCGUAAAAGAUGAGAACAAUGAAUAAGUUUUGUUUACACCUGAUCGUCCCUUAACACAUCUCAUAAUACGUUAUAGGAGACUAACAGUGUAUUGGAGUAUUAUUAUCAUAUAGUUGCUUCAUAAAAAUAUAUUUAUUUACAGAACGAUUAGUGAUUUACGUUACAUUUAACAA